CUCAGCCUUCUCGUCCUUUCUGACUCCUUACGGGCCCGACGUCCUUCAAAAGCCAUCCCUCAGCCUUUGGAGACUACACAGACACCACCCUUUACCCGCACGCAUAUAUCCACCGAUAAACACUCCCAUGGAGCCUGAGCAUGCGGAGAAUGAGCAUGCCGAGGAGAUCGACGAGGACGAGCAGUUUAUUAAUGAGGAGGAGGUUUACCUCGAAGUCGCCGAUGAUGGCGAUAACCUGAUGGACGAAGACGAGGGCGACGGCCAAGAAGGAGGCGAACACGAGAUGAGCGACGAGAUCGUGUACGAGGACAACUCGAUACAGCACUUCCCGAAGCAUGGCAAGAGUGUCUUCGCUGUUACAGCACAUCCCACUGCGCCUAUCGCUACCUCGGGAGGCGAAGAUGAUCUAGGAUACAUCUGGGACUAUACCACUGGCGAGGAGAUCGUAAAGUUGACGGGACACACGGAUAGUGUCACCAGCACUGCGUUCAGCGCGGACGGAGAGUUUGUCGCAACUGGCGGUAUGGAUGGCAAGGUCAGGAUAUGGAGACGGAGAGGCAAGGAGGAUUACAAGACAUGGGAAUUCUUGACGGAGCUGCAAGGUCCUGAUGAGGUCAUGUGGAUAAAAUGGCAUCCUAAGGGUGCAGUGCUGCUUGUUGGUGGUAACGAUGGCACCGUAUGGCUUUGGCAAUUGCCCUCAGGAACUACUAUGCAAGUGUUCGCAGGCCACACUGCCUCCGUUACCUGCGGAGACUUUACUCCAGAUGGCAAGCGCAUUGUCACAGCCGACGAGGACGGAAAUUUCAUGUUCUGGGAUCCGAGAAAUCCGACUCCAGUCUUCAAGCUCACCCCCGCGGAUGCUCGCUUCGACCUUGGUCCCAUCACUGCGCUUGCUGUCAAUCCCGCAUCGACGCUGGCCGUGGUCGGCGGUGCUUCAGGAGGUGUCCGUGUCGUCGGCUUGAACAAAGGCGAUAUCAUUGGUGCACUCGGCGGCCACAAGGAGGAUGACAGUGUUGAAGCCAUAAUCUUUGUGGACUUGACUGGCGCAGGUCAGGUCGGUACCGGUGGUGUUUGUGUAACAGGUGCCGCGGACGGCAAGGCGUGUAUCUGGGACCUAAGCACAAUGCGUCUUCGUGCAACCAUGGAACAUGAGGAUGUGGUCACGGCACUGCUGAGCUUCCCGCACCCGAAGUCACACAUGAUACUGUCCGCUUCUGCAGACAAGACUCUGAAGACAUGGGAUGCGAGGACGGGCACGCUCGUCAGGGAACAUAAAGGACAUCACGGCCCGGUUCUAGCCGCCUCACUGGGCCAGCAAGGCCAGGUCGUUGUCACGGGAGGGGACGACGGUGUCUGCUUAGUGUUUACCACAGAAUAGAAUUAAACGCUAUAAAUGGAUCCUAAUGGCUAAUGACACCGUUCUGCUUGUAUACCUUUAUCCAUCAUUUAUCAAGAGGCAUCGUAAUGCGGCACUAUUCUUCUUCUUCUUCUUCUU